CCUCCUCCCUCCACCUUCCCCUCCCUCCCUCCUUCUCCCUCUCUCUCAUUCUCCUGCUCCUUUUCCUUCACUGCCACGGCCACCGGGACCCGUCCUCCAUCUCGGGCUUUUCAUUCUUCACCAGACGUCUGCUCCGCUGGAUUCUCCAACUUUGACGCCGUCUCUGGAAUAUCGGACUGAGGGAAUUCCUGAUUGCUGAGAUCUGAUCUGAAGACGGGAAGGAUGGAGGGAAGAGCCGGGGCAGAAAGGGGUUCCUCUCUCUGUCUGAACCGAGGUUUCCUGUGUCUCCGGGAUUGGACCCAGGACUCCUGAGUCUGAGGGGAAGCCGUCGUGGGACAAAAACAGAAACAGAUCUGAGGAGAGAUUCCUGUGGUCAUCACUUUGGGACUGGACGCUAAGCCUCUUCCUCUCAUGGGUCUCCAUAAGCGGAAUGCCCGGAGACAGCCGCUUUUCCCGGGAAGCCCCGCAAAGCGUUCCGGAUAAGCUGGAGAGGCGCGGGACCAUGGGCACCACCGUCGUCACCCUGGAGGACGUGCGGGCGCUGGAGGCCAAGGACGAGCAGGAGGAGUCGGUCCUGGCCCUGCUGGGCAUCGUCGGCACCUUCCUCAACCUGUUCGUGAUCGUUUUCGUGUACAUCUACACCACCCUGUGA